GGAGGGGGUGCGCGGGCGCGCUGCGGGGCCCGCUCUGUGGUCCCGGCCCGAGGGGCGCGAGUGCGCGCGGCCGGAGCAUGAGCGGCUGCUAAGCGGGAGGGCCGCGUCCCCUCCCCAGCGAGGGAGCCGGGAGCGAGCGAUGGUGCUGGGCGGCCGGGGGAGUGGAAGCCGCGAUGUCGCCGAAACGCGGCUGUCCCGGCACGGCUGCCGCCUGCCCCUCGCCCUGCUCUCCGUUCUGUUGCUGCUGCCGCCCGCGGGCGCCCAAAGUCUGAAGGGGCCGAGCUGGGGGCCCUCCGGGGCGCCCCUUCCCGCCGCCGGGCCCGGCCUGAGCGUCUACAUGAGCCAGGAGGAGGUGCGGCGCCUCAUCGGUAUUGAUGCAGAACUCUAUUAUGUGAGGAAUGAUCUUAUCAAUCACUAUGCUUUGUCGUUCAAUCUGUUAGUACCCAGUGAGACAAACAGCCUUCAUUUCAGUUGGCAUGCUAAAGGGAAGGUUGAAUAUAAACUAGGGUUUCAAGUUGAUAACUUGCUGGCUAUGGAUAUGCCACAGGCAAAUAUCUCUCUACAGGGAGAAGUCCCACGUACUCUAUCAGUGUUCCGAGUGGAAUUGUCUUGCACUGGCAGGCUAGAUUCUGAGGUUACGGUACUUAUGCAGCUCAACAUGACAGUAAAUGUAUCAAAAAACAUCACAGUUUUAAAUUUCAAACGAAGGAAAAUGUGUUACAAAAAGUUAGAACUAGAAGUAAAGCCACCAAUAUCUGACAAGAAUAGCAGCAAAACUUUUUUUGAUCCUGUAAAUGCAGCUCCCACCACUUCUACUCGUGUGUUUUAUAUCAGUGUAGGAGUUUGCUGUGCAGUCAUAUUCCUGGUAGCAAUAAUACUAGCUGUUUUGCAUCUUCACAGUAUGAAGAGAAUAGAAUUGGAAGACAGCGUUAGUGACAGCAGCAGUUCUCAAGGCUUAUCUCAGCCUUCCACACAAACAACACAAUACCUGAGGGCUGACACACCUAACAAUGCAACACCAAUUACUAGUUAUCCUACUUUACGGAUAGAGAAGAAUGACCUUAAAAGCGUAACCUUGAUGGAGGCAAAAGCUAAAGUGAAGGACAUAGCAAUCUCCAGAGAGAGGAUAACUCUAAAAGAUGUUCUGCAAGAAGGCACAUUUGGGAGGAUUUUCCAUGGAAUUCUAAUAGAAGAAAAAGACCCUAGUAAAGAAAAACAAAUGUUUGUCAAAACAGUAAAAGAUCAAGCCUCAGAAGUUCAAGUGACAAUGAUGCUGACAGAAAGCUGUAAACUCAGAGGCCUUCAUCACAGAAAUCUGCUUCCUAUCACACAUGUUUGUAUAGAAGAAGGAGAAAAACCUAUGGUGCUGUUGCCUUACAUGAAUUGGGGGAACCUCAAGCUGUUUUUGCGGCAGUGCAAACUGGUAGAAGCCAACAAUCCUCAGGCAAUAUCACAACAAGAUCUUGUACAUAUGGCUAUUCAGAUUGCCUGUGGAAUGAGCUACUUGGCUAGAAGGGAGGUCAUUCACAAAGACCUGGCUGCUAGAAACUGUGUCAUUGAUGAUGCACUUCAGGUAAAGAUUACAGAUAAUGCCCUGUCCAGAGAUCUGUUUCCCAUGGAUUACCAUUGCCUUGGAGACAAUGAAAACAGACCAGUGCGGUGGAUGGCUCUUGAAAGCUUGGUUAACAAUGAGUUUUCAGGUGCUAGUGAUGUGUGGUCUUUUGGAGUGACCUUGUGGGAAUUGAUGACGUUAGGACAAACCCCAUAUGUCGAUAUUGACCCCUUUGAGAUGGCUGCUUAUCUAAAAGAUGGAUACAGAAUAGCUCAGCCUAUCAACUGUCCCGAUGAACUAUUUGCUGUGAUGGCUUGUUGCUGGGCACUUGAUCCUGAGGAGAGACCCAAAUUCCAGCAGUUGGUGCAAUGCCUCACAGAAUUCCAUGCAGCACUGGGAGCCUAUGUCUGACUCCAAGCAUGCACCAUCUCUGCACUACUUCCAAGGGGACAGUGGGUUCACUUAAUAGCAAAAUGUAUCGUUUAGUGGAUCUAUUUAUACGCACUGGAAUCUCCAUCCCAAACUCAUUAUGUGGAAGUAAGUUCCACUGAUUUCAAUGGAAGUUCCACUUAAUAUGGUUAGGAUCAGGGAAGCCAGAGUGUGAAGCAGCAACACUAGAUAAGGAAUUUCUUCCAAACUCUCUGUGCCUUAAAAUAGUCUGGCGUUUUUGUAAGACUAGAUUUUAUGCUGAAUAUCACUUUGUGUUGAAAACAAGACAUUUUAAUUCCCAUCAGAAUUCUUGAAGUGUAGUUACCAUUGACAGGAAUUUGAUGAAUUUUGGCAUUGUUAAAAAUUAUGCAAACUUAAUUUCAUAGAUGUUUAAAAUGGCAAGUAUGGAGAUGCUUGUAUGUAAAGCUAAACUGGGCUCAUCAGAGCUUGGAAGCUAAGCAGAGUCAGCCAUGGUCAGUACUUGAAUGGGAGACCACCAAAGAAGGCUGGGUUGCUGUGCAGAGGAAGGCAAUGGCAGAUCAUCUUUGCUUCUCUUUGCCUGGAACGUCCUGUGGAUGGGGUUACCAUGAGUCUGUUGCAGUUUGACGGCACGUUGUUCUUACACCUCCCACAUUUUUCAAGUUGCCACAUCAGAAUAUUUAAAUUGAUUUGACUGGUUUGGGUGUUCAGAUUUGUAGUGUAUCUGGAAUAGCCUUUUUUAAAAUAUCAAAUGAUUUUCUUUAGAGACAACAGCACAAUAUGGUUGGAACCACAAGUGGCCUUUUAUUAUGUUUUAAGCCCAUUCUUCAGUAGCAGAACUUAGAGGAAAAACCUGGGUGUAUUAUCCCCCUUUUAAGACAGCAAUCAUGUAAAACUGGUUCAAGUUUACCUCAUAUACAGCAGUAAUAAUACAGUAAUAAUGCAGACAGGAGGUUCCAAAUGGUAGAUGUUCCACAGCUGCCCUUGUAUUAGGAGUCUUUCACUUUGGACUGUAGAAUUCAGUUUUUCUUGUUAAAAACGGUACUGGUUUGUGUUUAGGAUUUUUUUAUUGACAUGAAAAGGAAUAAAAUAUAUAAAUAUA